CCCGACAGCUUGAGGCCGAACCCCGGGCAGCCCUUCCCGGCAGCAGGCGCUGGAGCACCCUGCCCUGGUCGCCCACGAGGAGCCGCAUCCCUGGACGGGCUUAAAAUCACACUGGGUCAAGCACGAGAACAUGUCACGCAGGGAACAAAUCUGCUGGGGCCAGAGGGGUCUGGGACGUCUCCCCCCAGAGCAGCUCUCCCCGUGGGACGUCGGGCCCGACCCUCCCAGUCAGUGCUUUGUCCAGAGCUUUCAGGAGAGUUGCAGGCUCAGAAGCUGCGGCUGGCUCACAGCCGGGGACCGUACUACAGCGGCUCGCUGCCCAACGUCAACCAGAUCGGGAGCGGCGUCUCCGAAUUCCAGGGCCCUUUGCAUUCGCCGCUGGACUCGGCACGCAGCACCCGGCACCACGGCCUGGUGGAGCGAGUGCAGCGAGACCCCCGGCGGAUGGUGUCUCCUCUGCGCCGAUACGUGCGCCAUGUGGACAACUCUCCCUACAGCCCGGCCUACCUGUCGCCUCCCCCCGAGCCCAGCUGGAGAAGGACCAUGCCCUGGGGUAACUUUCCCAUGGAGAAAGGACACUUGUUUAGGCUGCCGUCGGCUCUCAACAGAACAAAUUCCGAUUCGGCGCUUCACACGAGUGUGAUGAACCCCAGCCAGCAGGACGUGUACUUGGGCCCCUCGCAGGGCGUCCCCCCUCCCAGUCGCAGGAGCGGUUUUCUGGACGGGGACGUGGACAGUAAAGUGUUUCUUUUCCAAGUGCCUCCCAUCGAGGAGAACUUCCUGGAUGACAACAAGCACUUACUGAAGCCCUGGGACACCAAGAAGCUCUCGUCGUCCUCGGCCAGGCCCAGAUCCUGCGAAGUCCCCGGGAUCCAUAUCUUUCCGUCCCCCGAUCAGCCUGCCAACGUCCCGCUCAUCCCCACCGCCCUGAACACGGGUGGUUCCCUCCCUGACCUCACCAGCCUGCACUUCCCCUCCCCACUGCCCACCCCCCUGGACCCCGACGAGUCGAACUACCCCAGCCUGAGCGGCGGGAGCAGCACCGGUAACCUGGCCAACACCAUGACGCACCUGGGCAUCAGCAGCAGCAUGGGACUUGGGACAGGCUACGGCUCCGCAGGACUUACCUCACCUAUGCAGAGCUCCCUGAGUAACCCUGCCCUGCAGUCCUCGCUUAGCAAUCCCAACCUGCAGGCCUCCCUGCGCCCCCAGUCGCUGAACUCCUCCCUUAGCAACCCCUCCCUGCAGUCCUCCCAGAGCACCCCCUCCCUCCCCUCCUCCCUCAGCACCCCCUCGCUCCCCUCCUCCCUCAGCAGCCAGUCCAUGCAGUCCUCGCCCAGCAACCCCAGCCUGCAGGCCAGCUUUAGCAGCUCCUCCUACUCCCCCCUGGUGCAGGCGUCCAUAAACACGUCGCCCCGCCGAAGGGCCCCGCUCAGCCCCCUCACCCUCCCAAUGGGCGGCGACUCGAGAAGGCAGCACCCCAAACAGUUCUCACCAACAAUGUCACCCACAUUGUCCUCCAUCACCCAGGGCGUGCCAUUGGACACCAGCAAGCUGCCAGCCGACCAGAGGCUCCCGCCAUACCCCUACAACCAGCCCGGCCUGCUCGUGCAAUCCCAGCAGCCUCUGCAGCAAACUCAGAAGCCCCAGCACCAGACGCAGCCGGCCCGGCAGCAGCAGUCCCAGCAGCACAGCGCGCCCACGCAGCGGCCGUACCUCUCGCAGUACCAGCAUAAUUCCUCACUACAGCAGCAGCUCUGCCAGCCGCUGGGCGACUUCAGCCUGGGCAGCCUAGAGCAGUUCAGCAUGGGCGAGAGCCCCCCGGGCAGCUUCCCGCUCAACCACAACACCUUCCCCGAGGACCUGGGUGCCUUAAACUACCACUCGGCAGAGAACCUGGGCUUCUCGGCCAGCGGCAGCAGCUUCCACGAGCCCCAUCUCCUCAGCCGGCAGAACCUGAGCAACUGCGGCCGCCAUGGGCCCAUCCCCAACAUCGUCCUCACAGGGGACUCCCCACCCGGCAUCUCCAAGGAGAUCGCAUCGGCGCUGGCCGGGGUCCCCGGCUUCGAGGUGGACACGUCCCUGGGCCUGGAGGAGGAUCUCAAGAUCGAGCCCCUCACCCUGGAUGGCCUGAGCAUGCUGAGUGACCCCUACGCCCUCCUGACGGACCCCGCGGUGGAGGACUCCUUCCGGACGGACCGGCUGCAGUGAGGGGGACCCGCCCUGGGCAGGUGGCAGAGUGCUGGGGAGGAGAGAACAGACUUCGAGCAUCGCAAACAGGCCUGACUUCCAGGGACAAAGCGCCCGCCCUGGGCCUGGCGCUGUGCCCACCGUCGCUGCCCCGAUCUGCGUGAAACCUCCCAGGGCCAAGAGCACCGAGCAGCUGGGCCCAGGCGCCAGGACUCCGCCAAGAAUCACUCGAAGCCGGGCCAGUGCCAGCCUCUGCUCCCAGCAGCAACCCCUCGCCCUGCGCUGGGAGGUGGCCAGGGCUCUCCGCCCGCUAAGCAGGGGAGGACGUGAGGUCCUCUAGCUCUGUGCCAGAGGUCGGGGGACCUGCACUUCUGUGAAGGAUGGAGGCUGCGUCCAGGGACCUCGACCCUCCAACUAGAUGAGGGGUGGUGGUGAAUGCAGCGUCCCCGUGCUGGAGGGAGUGGGCCUGUGGUGGGGGAGUCCAAGGUCCCCUAACCCCACGGCCAGGGUGGAGGCGAGCAUGGGGCUCUGUGCCCCCAGCUUCCGGGCGACAGUCUGUCCACAUGCUGGCGUGGCUGCGUGUGCAGCCCUGGGCCGGCCAUGUAUAUAACUCUUCUGUUAGCUAGCGACCCGAGCCCCAGCGCUCCGGGCCUGCGCCUUGGGGUUUGGUUUUGUUUUUGCUAAUCAUAAUGUUUAAAGACAAAAUUGAUCCCCCGUCUUUUCCCGCUGAGCUGUGUGUACCCCGUCCCUGCCGAGCCGUGUGUAGGGGGGUCCCGCUGAGCCGUGUGUAAGGGGGCCCUGCCCGGGGGUGGGGGAGGACAGGGCUAUGUAUAAAGCACUUGUAACUUUGAAUCCUUGUCUAUUGUGAGGUCACGUCCUGCGUCUGUAUUUGGGGGGGCCCUUUGGGGGGAGCAGAUGCCGUGGGGCUGAGGGAGGUGGGGGCCCCAGACCUCUGUGCUCCCCGACAGACCCCUUGCUAUGGAGGAGAAAG